UCACUUCUGGUUAGCGGCAUUUCCGCGUCCUGCUGGGCCGGCCGUCGCCGCUGAUCCCGGAGCGCUCCGGGAGCGGCUCGGGCCCCCCGGAACCGCCCCGCGACCGCUCCGGAGCCACUCCGGAUUCCUCCGGAACAGCCGCGGCUCCACCUCCGGACUCUCCUGCGGCUCGGCCCGGCCCGGCCCGGGCCGCUCCCUUCCCGCCCCGGGUCCGGUGCGGGGCCGGCCGGGGAUGCCGCGGCGCGGCCCGCGCCAUGUGGUACAUCAUGCAGAGCAUUCAGAGCAAGUACUCGCUGUCCGAGCGCCUUAUCCGCACCAUCGCCGCCAUCCGCUCCUUCCCUCGGGACAACGUGGAGGAUCUCAUCGGGAUGGAAAGGGGGGAGUUCCUGACCGGGGGGGUUCCUGUGCUCCCCAGGGCGCCGAUGUGAACUGCCUGCACGGCACCCUCAAACCCCUGCACUGUGCCUGCAUGGUGGCUGAUGCCGACUGCGUGGAGCUGCUGCUGCAAAAAGGAGCUGAGGUGAACGCCCUGGACGGCUACAACCGGACAGCCCUUCACUACGCAGCAGAAAAAGAUGAAACCUGCGUGGAGAUUUUAUUGGAGUACGGAGCCAACCCCAACGCCCUGGACGGCAACAAGGACACGCCGCUGCACUGGGCGGCCUUCAAGAACAACGCCGAGUGCGUGCGGGCCCUGCUGGCCAACGGCGCCCUGGUCAACGCCUUGGACUACAACAACGACACCCCCCUGAGCUGGGCGGCCAUGAAGGGCAACCUGGAGAGCGUCAGCGUCCUGCUGGACUUCGGCGCCGAGGUGCGCGUGGUCAACCUGAAGGGCCAGAGCCCCAUCUCGCGCCUGGUGGCGCUGCUGGUGCGGGGCCUGGGCACGGAGCGGGAGGAUUCCUGCCUGGAUCUGCUGCACAGAGCCACGGGACACUUUGAGCUGCGCAAGAACGGGAGCCUGCCCUGGGAGGUGGCCCGGGACCCGCAGCUGUGCCAGCGGCUGACGCUGCUGUGCUCGGCGCCGGGCACGCUGCAGGCGCUGUCGCGCUACGCCGUGCGCCGCUCGCUCGGCCUGCGCUUCCUGCCCCAGGCCGUGCAGCAGCUGCCGCUGCCUGCCUGCCUCAAGGACUACCUGCUGCUGCUCACCUGAGGGAGGGGCACCUGCCCUUCCCCUGCAUCCUGCCUCAAGGACUACCUGCUGCUGCUCACCUGAGGGAGGGACACCUGCCCUUCCCCUGCAUCCUGCCUCAAGGACUACCUGCUGCUGCUCACCUGAGGGAGGGGCACCUGCCCUUCCCCUGCAUCCUGCCUCAAGGACUACCUGCUGCUGCUCACCUGAGGGAGGGACACCUGCCCUUCCCCUGCAUCCUGCCUCAAGGACUACCUGCUGCUGCUCACCUGAGGGAGGGGCACCUGCCCUUCCCCUGCAUCCUGCCUCAAGGACUACCUGCUGCUGCUCACCUGAGGGAGGGACACCUGCCCUUCCCCUGCAUCCUGCCUCAAGGACUACCUGCUGCUGCUCACCUGAGGGAGGGACACCUGCCCUUCCCCUGCAUCCUGCCUCAAGGACUACCUGCUGCUGCUCACCUGAGGGAGGGGCACCUGCCCUUCCCCUGCAUCGCCCCCCCCCCGCCCCGGGGAGAGGCUCCCCGCUUGCUUUGUGACUUCACAGGUUCCUCUCCGUGGUUUUUGUUCCCCUCGGCCACCUCGGACCCUGCUGGCCGCUCACGCUGCCUCCCUUUUGUCCCCUUGUCCCUUCCAUUUUGUCCCCUCCGUUUCUCCCCGUCCUCUCACACUCCCUCCAUCUCCUCCUCUCUGAUCCCUCUGCUUCUCUCCCUGUCCCCCCCUUUCACUCUCCUGCGAUGAACAAUAUCCCUCUGAUGGCAAAUUAUAUCCCAGCUGUUGGAUUAA